AUGUGGACAUCAACGCUCUCAAAGCUUGCGCUGCUCCUUGUUGCACAGAAUGUCGUCGCAAUUCCGUACUAUUAUGGAGAGAAGAAAGACGACAAUGGCGCGGUGGCUUCUGAAGCCGCUGUUUGCAGUGAAAUUGGAGUCGACCUCAUGAAGCGGGGUGGGAAUGCUGCUGAUGCCAUUGUGGGUACUGCGAUUUGCGCCGGCACUGUUGCCAUGUAUCAUAGCGGCAUUGGCGGCGGUGGAUUUGCAUUGAUUCGCAGUCCCAUUGGUGUCUACGACUUCAUUGAUUUUCGCGAGACCGCCCCUGCCUUGUCUAGCGAAGACAUGUUCGCCAACAACACUGCGGCUAGCAUCCGCGGCGGUCUCGCUUCCGCUACCCCAGGUGAACUGCGCGGACUCGCGGAGAUCCACACUCGUUACGGUAGCCUCCCUUGGGCGGAGCUCAUUGAACCGUCCAUCAAGCUCGCUCGCGAUGGCUUCACUGUCACUGAGGAUUUGGUCGCCUACAUGAACCACCCCUCUGGGCCGUUCCCAUUUCUGACAGAAGACCCUUCCUGGGCGCAGGAUUUUGCGCCGAAUGGCGAGAGGGUGAAGUUAGGUGAUACCAUGUACAGGAAGCGGUAUGCAGACACCCUAGAGACAAUCGCAGACAUGGGUGUAGAAGCGUUUUAUGACGGCCCGAUUGCGGAUGCGACUGUUCGGAAGCUUGAGAGUACCGGUGGGAUCAUGACGCUUGAGGAUCUGGCAGCAUAUGAGAUUGUACACAGACAACCGGUUGAUAUGAACUACCGUGGUCUCACCUUGACAAGCUGCUCGGCGCCGAGUGGUGGCCCGGUGGUUUUGAGCACUUUGAAUGUGUGGCAGGGGUUUGAUGAGGCUAGUGUGGAUAUUAAAGCACAUAGAUUGGUGGAGAGUAUGAAGUUUGCGUAUGGACAGAUCUCUAUUGGGAGAUCCUCCUUCAACGGCGAUAUCACUACGUACCAGGAGUCUAUGUUUAGUCCCGCUGUUGGUGACGAGAUCCGUAGCAAGAUUAAGGACGAUUCUGUCCUCGACCCAAAGGAGUAUGAUCCGGCUGGCCUUGAAUCAUUGGAGACCCCUGGAACAUCCCACAUGGUCUCAAUCGAUAAGGGAGGCCUUGCCAUCUCUAUGACUAGUACUAUCAACCUUAUCUUUGGUAGCCAGGUCAUGAUCCCCGAGACCGGCAUCAUCAUGAACAAUGAGAUGAACGACUUCAGCAUCCCGGGCACCAGUAACGCAUUCGGCUUCGUCCCCUCCGCUGCGAACUACAUCCGCCCCGGCAAGCGCCCUCUCUCCUCCAUGUCGCCCAGCAUCGUGGAGAACGCAGACGGUUCUAUCAACUUCGUUAUCGGCGCUGCUGGUGGCUCCCGCAUCAUCACGGCGACCAUCCAGAAUAUAAUCCAUGUCAUUGAUGAGGGUCUUUCAGCUUACGAAGCAAUUGCCCUGCCGCGCUUGCAUAACCAGUUGACGCCUAAUACAACUUUCUUUGAAUAUAAAUACGACAACACCACUGUCGCAGCUUUGAAAGGCAGGGGCCAGAUCCCGGUAUGGGUUGCGCCGGGACAGAGCACUGCACAGGGUAUCAGGAGGUUGCAGAAUGGAACGUUUGAGGCUGCGAGUGAGCCGAGGCAGAAAAACUCUGGUGGCGUGGCGUUUUAA